AUACACGAAAAAAAGAACUCAAUCCAAGGUAUCUCUUGUGCUUCAACAUAUCACAUCUGAAGAUGCUUGUUAAACCAACAAAUUGUGGUAAAAUAAACCCUUUUCAAGUCUAAAAGUAUCUCAAAUAAACCCGGUUGCUGUAUCAAUACAAGAAGCUAUUCAUUCUUCAAGAACUGCAGUCUAUAAUACACUAGAAGGCUGCCAAGGGAAAACAAGUGUAUUGAAGAGGAAAACGAUGAUUGGCAUCAAGGAUCUGUACAGUGUUCUGACUGCAGUUGUUCCUCUUUAUGUCACCAUGUUCUUGGCUUAUGGUUCAGUGAAAUGGUGGAACGUAUUCACCCCGGAACAAUGUGCCGGCAUCAACAGAUUCGUCGCCAUCUUCGCCGUUCCGCUCCUCUCCUUCGAGUUCGUUUCGAGGAUAAAUCCUUACAAAAUGGACCUCCUUUUCCUUGCCGCUGAUGGAGUCUCAAAAGUCCUGAUAUUGUUUGCUUUGCUUUGUUGGGCCAAUUUCACAAAGACAGGCGGCCUGGACUGGUCUAUCACAGUUUUCUCACUUUCCACUCUCCCAAACACUCUUGUCAUGGGGAUUCCCCUACUGAAAUCCAUGUAUGGGGAUGACAAGGAAUACCUAAUGAUUCAAGUUGUGGUGCUGCAAUGCAUAAUCUGGUAUACCCUAUUACUGUUUUUGUUUGAAUAUAGAGAAACAAGAACUGAAGUCUUGAGCAAGUUCAAGGAAAGUAGUGUUAGUUCUAAGAACUGUUGCAGUGAAGAUGAAGUCAUUGAUGUUAUUGCCACAAUAUCAUCUAACCAGCAGCAGCAGCAGCAGCAGACGGCUCAAAAUGCAAACAAGAUUGCACCGGAUCAAUCUCAGCGAUUCAGGCCUAUGGUAGCAGCAUCGAUGGAGGGAGAGGGUAAAGAGCUCCAUUUAUUCAUUUGGAGAUGUGGAUGUUGCAUUUCAACUGAUGGGGCAAGUACUACCUGUGAGAAGCAGUCAGUGCAAGCUGGUCAAAGAGAAGAAAGCAGUAGUACUGCAAAGGUGGUUGAGAGUGUAAAGCAAGAGGAUGUCGAAAAUGCUAGCAUUCCCUCUUCUUUUUCUUCAUCAAUGCUCCUCAAAAUAUUGAGAAAAGUCUGGCUCAAGCUUGUGAGGAACCCUAACUCUUACUCAAGUUUGCUGGGUCUAAGCUGGGCUCUAGUCUCUUGCAGAUGGGACAUAAAGAAGCCCCAAAUAAUGGAAAAUUCAGUCACGAUAUUGUCAAGUGCAGGUCUUGGGAUGGCAAUGUUUAGCCUUGGAUUAUUCAUGGCUUUGCAACCAAGGAUCAUUGCCUGUGGAAAGAAGCUGGCUUUAUAUGGGAUGGUAGCUAGGUUUAUAGCAGGACCGGCAGUAAUGGCGAUAGCAUCCAUCGCAGUUGGCCUCAAAGGCACUACCUUAAAGUUGUCUAUUGUACAAGCAGCAUUGCCUCAAGGAAUUGUCCCUUUCGUUUUUUCUAGGGAGUAUAAUCUGCAUCCUGAUGUAUUGAGCACUGCGGUGAUAUUUGGAAUGAUAGUUUCUCUGCCCAUAACAAUAGUAUAUUACAUUUUGUUGGGUAUUUGAGGAGUCAUAUUUGGAAGGAUGAAAACAUAAACAUGAGGAACUCAGCAGCAUUGUUCAGAGAGAUCCAAGAUUAUGGUCAAAACCAGCAGCAGCAAUAUUCAUAUGUUUUUGUGCUGAGUUGAUGUUUAGUUUUGCUCAGGCAUGAAGCAGCACUGGGUUCUGACUCUUCUUAUUAAACUCAAAUACUACCCCCCCUAUUGCCUAAUCCGUUUUUGAAGGGUACAUUUCACGCAUUCAGAGCUCAUGUAUCCUGUUUCUAUUAUGUAUAUGUCUAUGUAUGUGUAUACGGCAUGAACACAUAAGAAACUUCAUAUCAAACAUUGCCAAUGAAUAUGAGUCUCGUAAACCAUAAA